CAGCUCUGCACAGGUCCCAUCCUUCUCUGGAGGGUGGAGCCAAAGGGCACCAUGAGUACGAGAAAGCGUCGUGGUGGGACAGUAAAUUCUAGACAAGCCCAGAAGCGAACUCGGGAAGCAGCGUCCACCCCUGAGAUGGCCUUGGAAGCGGAGCCCAUAGAACUUGUGGAAAGCGCUGGAGACGAAAUAGUGGACCUGACCUGUGAAUCUUUAGAGCCUGUGGUUGUUGACCUGACUCACAAUGACUCUGUCGUGAUUGUUGAUGAAAGGAGGCGGCCGAGGAGGAACGCCAGGCGGCCGCGCCAGGACCAUGCCGACAGCUGUGUGGUGAGCAGUGAUGACGAGGAGGUGUCCAGGGACAGAGAUGUGUACGUGACCACCCACACUCCUAGACACGCCAGAGAGGAGGCAGCCGCAGGACUCAGGCCCUCUGGUACUGUCAGCUGUCCGAUCUGCAUGGACGGGUACUCUGAGAUUGUACAGAACGGACGUCUCAUCGUUUCUACAGAAUGCGGCCACGUCUUUUGUAGCCAGUGCCUCCGUGACUCCCUUAAGAAUGCUAACACUUGCCCAACUUGCAGGAAAAAGAUCAACCACAAACGAUACCACCCCAUUUAUAUAUGA